UUUCCCGUCAUGCCUCCCGCCGACCCGUCCGUCGCCCGGAGCCGGGGAGGGAGGAAGGGAGGCUCGGACAGCGGCGGCGGCGGCGGCGGCUCCCUGGCCUUUCCAUGAGCCCGCGGCAGACCCUCCCGCGCCCCGUCUCGCUCUGCCUCUGCCUCUGCCUCUGCCUCUGCCUGGCCGCGGCCGCGACGCGAGGAGUCGCGCAGUCGGCUCUUGCCCCUGUUCUUUGCCUCUCGUUUUGUUGGUGAAGAUAUCACAGUGAUGUCUGCAUUCAACCUGCUGCAUUUGGUGACAAAGAGCCAGCCGGUAGCCCUUCGAGCCUGUGGGCUUCCCUCAGGGUCAUGUAGGGAUAAAAAGAACUGUAAGGUGGUCUUUUCCCAGCAGGAACUGAGGAAGCGGCUAACACCCCUGCAGUACCAUGUCACUCAGGAGAAAGGGACCGAAAGUGCCUUCGAAGGAGAAUAUACACAUCACAAAGAUCCUGGAAUAUAUAAAUGUGUCGUCUGUGGAACUCCAUUGUUCAAGUCAGAAACCAAAUUUGACUCUGGUUCAGGUUGGCCUUCCUUCCAUGAUGUGAUGAGUUCUGAGGCAAUCACAUUCACAGAUGACUUUUCCUAUGGGAUGCACAGGGUGGAAACAAGCUGCUCUCAGUGUGGUGCUCACCUUGGGCACAUUUUUGAUGACGGACCCCGUCCAACUGGCAAAAGAUACUGCAUAAAUUCGGCUUCCCUGUCUUUCACACCUGCAGACAGCCACGGUGCCGACGGAGGCAGUGGGGCAGGCAGCCCAGCCCAGGCAGACAAAACGGAGCUGUAAAGCACUAGAGAGUGAUGGAAACAAGUGUACUUAAUGCACAGCUUAUUAACAAAAUUCAAAAUUGUCUAUCUUAGAUAUAUUUUUUCAAAAACUAUAAGGGCAGUUUUGUGCUAUUGAUAUAUUUCUUCUUUGGCUUAAACAGAGGCCUUGGCCGUCGAUGUAUUUUGCUAUUGACUAGAUCCAGAACUGUUUAUAACUUUAGCGAGUGGAGAUAGCUUUGCAAACCUUCUUCAAGGCACUUAAGUACCCUUUUGCAUUAUUUUCUUCACGCACAUAGCUUCUUUUGAGAUCCCCCCCGCCCCCCGCCCACCCCCCACUUGCUUAAGAGGCAGAAAGUACUUACUUGGUCUUCAAACUUAAAAACUUAAAAAUUGAGAUCUCCUAUAUGAUGUAGAGACCAGAGCUCACAAGUACAGGGCCAGAGACCUGCAAGACACAUGGCCUGGAGGCAUUUGUACAGAUCUACCUAAGAUAAGGAUGGAGUGAUGUCUUAUGAGACUUCUUAGCUUUGUGGAAAGUUUGAGCUAAGGUCGUUUAUUCUCACUAAAAGAGUGUGAAGGUCUAAAGUCUUUCCUUAUGUUAAAUUGUUGCUAGAUCUGAGGGGGCUCACCGAGUGUUGUGGCAGAGAAGUAAACAUUACCUCACCCUUAGGCCUUUCUUUUCUUUUCCAUUGCAAACGUUGGAAUGUAAGACAACUGUAAAAUGUUGAGUCCCAUUUUGUCCAAAGUUCACAAAGAAGAACAUCUGCCAUUGCCUUUUAUAAGUCUGUCCCUCCACACCUAAUACCAGCUGCAUCUGGAAGGGCAUUUUGGUGAAUUCCACUGUGUACAAUAAAAUAUUAGGAACAAAGCACUUCAUCAAGGCAGCAGAAAUGAGAGAGCAGAGAAGACCAAAGAGGAAGUCCUGGAUUUUGAAAUACCCAAUACUGUGCAGAAGAGCUGACAAGAUACUUAAAGUAACAAGCAGAACCCCAAAAGAGGGACCUCGUGCACAGGUUCAGGUAAACUCUGGAGAGAUAAUGGGGGUUUAAAGUAGAAAUAGCCAGGAGCUGGAGUCCCGCCCUUGACACUAAUCUGCUCUGUGGCAAAGGACAUGCCAUUUAGUCUCUCCAUGCCUAGUCUUCAUGUCGAAACUGAGACUUAUAAAGUUCGUAAAAUAAUCGACACUUUCGGGGCAUAAUCAUUAUAUUGCUCUACAAUUAAGAUCAGUAUUGUAAAAUUAAACCGAUCUGGUUCUAAUUGCCUCAAAGACCGAAGUCCAGGCAUUUGAAAUGGAAAGAAGCAGAGAAGAGGUUGACUUAGCUGAUUGGUAUGGAAACAGUUGGGCUAAGAGCCAGAAAUUUUUCUUUGUAGCAGUAUGACUGGUUUUACUCUGAGAAGCUCUGCUGGAAUGGAUGUCAUUGUGCACGGUAAGGUUUUUACGGGUAUGAGCAGUGGUGAUACCAGUUGAUAUUGCUGCAGCCAGGUGUGAAGGUACAGGUUUUGACUGAUAUAUAUACACACAAACACAUACAUAUACACAUACAUACAUACAUACAUAUAUCGAGAGAGAAUCUGUAGCCUUGAAUACUAAUCUUGAAAUGUAGUUUUUAAAAAAUAUUGUUUUUAUAAAUCUUUGAAAGCUUAUGAAAAUUGAUAUCUUCUUUAUAAGCACCGAGACAAAAAUAAGAAAGAGGGACAUUUGGCAAUUUUAAGAAAUAUGAGAAAUUAAAAUGAAAAGUUGUGACAAAGUGUCAGCAUGGUCAUGUCCACAUUCUUCUGUGUCUCUACAAACUUCUUGUGAAGACCCUGACAUCCUAGUGACCAUUGUCAUGUAUGCUACAACUUUGUAAUUCCGGAUAAGUUAUACUCCUCUUCCCUCAGCUCCUAGGGUGUUUCACCUCAGGCCCUAGGGUCAUCCUGGAAUUUGCAGAUUUCACUCCCCUAUAGAAAUGGGAUAAGAAAUUUAAGAUCACCCAGACCAUCUUAGAAGGCUUUCCCAACUUCACAGAGAGAGCCCCAACAUUUCCCGGUGACCCAAGGAUCCCAUGUGGAGUCAGAUAAAGAAUUGGGUCUCAGGACAUUUCCUGUCACAGUUUAAAGUCUGUCCUUCAGGGGCACACACAGCGCUUCUCACAUCACUCCAGUUAUGAAUGAUGACCUGCCCUGGGGUCUGUUGGACACGAGCCACAGUGUUGGAAUAGACAAGGAAGAUAAAUGAGGGGCUUCUUCCUUCUCCCCAGAGACUGGAUUCUCAUUGUUCCUUUAUUUUUAUUGUAGGGGUUAACAUUUCCCUCAAAAACUCUUUUUCUAAUCCUUGGUCUUUGUUUCAUGGAAAGCCAGUUUUUCUUCUACCACGUUUUCUAGCAUCAACUUUAAGAAAAAUGUAACAUCCAUAGGAAAAAAAAAAAGUGGGGUGUAUGCAUGUGGUUUAAUUCCAGAUUGCUUUUGAGUUUAAGUGGUAUCAAAUUCCAGUAUAUUUCUGUCUUAUGUUAAGGAAAUAUAUUACUAAAAUGUCAGUGAGCAAUAAUGUCAGCUGUCGAGCACUAGAUUUAUUUUUGCAGGAUAUGGAGUGCAAUGAACUGAGUCAAUAUGGCGAGGUGUAUGUGAUCUGCAGGAGUUAUGCCAUUUAGCUUAGGAAAUGCAUUGGACUUUCCCUCUCUGUACUCCAGCCCUUACUGUACCAUUAGGAGAUGCAGAUUUCGGCUGGUGUGUAAAAAGUACAUCCAGACAGUCAUGCAGAAUGAAUCUAUAGAGAGCAGCAGUAUAUGUUGUAUUAGAGAACGUUUCUAUGUGUUUAAACUUUUCACUUCUUAUAUGUGUUUAAAUUCUUAAUGCAAAUGACAUAGUAAUUUAAAAGCCUGUCCUGUUAAUUGAAUUGAAAAUGUCUUGCUUUAAAUACAGAUAUGACCAAAGGGAUUAUUGUUUGUUCUGAAGGUCAAAUAUUAUUUUUGCCUUAGAUAGCUUUGUAAUAAUUUUUCUUCAAAUGGUUCAAAACUUUUGGAAAUGACAUAAAAUUUUCAUUAAAAAACCCUUUUCCUAUGUUUAUUGUAUACAGGAAUUAUGCAAUAAAACUUCUUUAUAAAAAUGU